CAAGUCAUUUCAUCAUCACUUGCUCAGUGUAUUGGACGCAGACAGAGCGCUGCUCAGUCAAUUGACAUACAUGACGAUUAUCACUCUUUUGUCUUUCAAUUACCUGUAUAUCGCCUUGAUUAUACAUAUUUCAAAACUCGUUUUUAUCAUUGCCAACGUUGCAGUGUGAUUGAGAGUGUUCUGGAAAUUCCUGUGUCGCUGUUAGAGCGUCUCUUGGAAAUUGGCUUUGUUCGCUCCGACAGCACACAGCUUUAUCAUCCAGAAUGGACCAUUUGGAGAAGGAAAAUAGGUCUGAUGAAGAUUCGGAAUACGAAGAAGAGGAGGUGGACCCUAGAAUUCAGGGAGAACUGGAGAAACUCAACCAGUCUACAGACGACAUCAACAGAUGUGAGACACAACUGGAGGAUGCCAGGCAGAAGUUCCGCACAGUGCUGGUUGAGGCCACGGUGAAGCUGGAUGAGCUGGUCAAGAAGAUUGGGAAGGCGGUGGAGGAGUCCAAACCCUACUGGGAGGCCCGGAGAGUGGCCAGACAGGCUCAGCUGGAGGCCCAGAGAGCCACCCAGGACUUCCAGAGGGCCACGGAGGUGCUGCGUGCGGCCAAAGAGACCAUCGCCCUGGCAGAGCAGAGGCUCCUGGAGGAGGACACCAGGCAGUUUGACUCAGCCUGGCAGGAGAUGCUCAACCACGCCACCCAGAGGGUGAUGGAGGCGGAGCAUACAAAGACGCGGAGUGAGCUGGUGCACAAGGAGACGGCAGCCAAGUACACGGCAGCCAUGGGCCGCAUGAAACAGCUGGAGAAGAAACUCAAACGCACCAUCAACAAGUCCAAACCUUACUUUGAGUUGAAGGCAAAGUACUACCUACAGCUUGAGCACCUAAAGAAGAACGUGGAUGAGUUGCAGGCCAAGCUGAGCCAGGCCAAAGAAGGGUACAAGACAGCUCUGAGAAACCUGGAGAUGAUCUCAGACGAGAUCCACGAACGCCGACGCAACUCAGCCAUGGGCCCCCGGGGGCGGGGCGUGGGCGCCGAUGGCGACAGUGUCGCCGUGGAUGACAGUGCCAGCUUCAAGAUAGAGUCGGAUGGCAUCUCCAUGACGUCCGAGUCGUUUGAGGAUGAGACCUGCAGCAGCAGUGCCAUGUCAGAGGAGGACUCAGAGACCCACUCCACCUGCAGCCUGGUCUCCUCCUCCCACUCCCCCAACAGCCCCCAGGACCUGCCCUCGCCCUGUCCCUCCUCUUCCCCUGCUCCCUCCUCACGCCCCUGCAGUCUGGACCUUCCCAGCCCAGUCUCGCUGUCUGACUUUGGCCUUAUCUCGCCUGUCCUGGGACCACGCAGCGAGUGUAGCGGGGCAUCAUCACCUGAGUGUGACCUGGAGAGAGGUGACCGAGCAGAGGGAGCGGAGGGUGAGCUGGACAAUACUGUAAACAACAACAGCACCACCGUACCAAACACCAACAAGACCACGGGCCUGGAGGUCCGCCUCAGCUUCCUGUCUCUUCGAUGCUCGCGCAACGUCAACUCCAAGAACACCAAGCGAGAACGUCAAAGCCGUUCCCAGACCCCCACCCAAACUGUGGUCCUGAUCAACGGGUUGUGAAGAGGAAAGCUAAUCCACAAGCUAACCCCAUCACCGGCUUUGUGUGCCAACAUGCUGUAUUACCAGUAACACCACACACACACAUUCCAUUCUACCCCAUUAACUAAUACUGGCUAAGUGAAUAAAAAGUGGCCCAGUAUGAGACACUAUGAACUAAAUGGUCAGUGUAUAUACAGUUCCUAUGGAUCAUGAUGAUGAAGAGACUUAAGACCCAACCCAGGGUUGGUGAUGUCAUGAAACCACCACUUCCUAUAGAAAGGACCUUUUAACUUUUGACAUCCCACCCAUAGCUUCCUCAGUCAGAUUGGCUUCCCAUAAUUCCCUACUGAACUCCACACACAUUAAGGACCGUGCUGGCUAACGCCCUAUGGGUGGGGGCCCAUGGUAUAUGAGGGGAAAUGGGAUAAACAAUGUUUUUUUUUUACUGUGAUAUUCUCCCUGAGAGGGAGCUGCACUUCCAGACAAGAUGCGAUUCUGUUGUUCGUAAAUGAAAGAAUGCACUCCUAGCUUCGACUAUUAGAAAUGGGGAUUUAUUAUAAAACUUGAUGCCACCUGUUUUACCAAUACAGAGUAGAAUACACAAACAUUGACAGCAAUCUGUGUUAUGCUUUUGUAAAAGAAGAGCACGCAUGAGGCCAGGAUUUAAAGUCAGGAUUUAUAAAAAGGAACAAGUACAUUUACGGAGUUGAAGUUUUGUGAAUAACCCUCAUGACUUGUAAUAUUACUCUGCUAUAUCCUCUCACAGAUAGUUGAUUUUUGAAUACUCUCACCAUUAUGUAAUCCUGUGUACGGCAUAUAGAGCCUAUGGCAACUGCUUCAUGUUACCAUGGAGACCAAACACACACUACACCAGCCCCUGGCUGGCAUCUCUUCGGACAGCCCGUGCAUUUGUCCAAUAGGGGUCUUCAGAAUUGGACUUAAAAGAACUGUAUUCUAUUGCUCAACUCACUUCCCAGUGAUCUGUGAAUCCAUCUCGCCGACAGUACACAUAAAGCUGGACUUGGAAUUGAUUCCAAGAGUAGAAUAAUUGUGUGGGGUGAGGCUACAGUAGAUAAGAGCGUCUGCUAAAUGACUUAAAUGUAAAUGUAAUAUACCCUCCCCUCCUCUCUUCCUCCUGGCUCCCUCCAUCCUGUGGUUCAUCGGCACCACACUGAUGUGGUGCCAGGGAAAUGGGCCCCCAGACACUGUCAACCAUCUAGUUCUCCUUCCAUCCAUCUCCCUGUCAUGGCAUCCCCAAUGGCCCCGUACUGAGGGACAACGUCCACCCACGGACGGUAACACUAAAGAACUGAGCAAUAGCGCAAGGACAGAACUUUAGAUAACAACAUCUGCCCAUGGACACUAUCACAUAGAGUUCCCUGUAACGGAAUGAAAAUGGCCAGCCAGGUAAUUCUCAGAAUCUGAGGAUGGUUUUUGUCUUGGACCAAUAUUGAGGAGAAAGUGAAACUGGAUGACAAUGAAACUGAUGAUGGUGAAGAAUGACGAGGUCUUUUGUGGAAACUGACAGGAUAGUUGAUAGUGUUGGUUUCUGGUGGACAGUAUCAGCUCCUGUAAGUUGUAGAUCCAUAUUGGCUAAAGUGGCACACAGUAGACUGUCAGAUGUUUGAGGUCUCGUCGUCUGUCUCAAAUAGUGUUCAAUUGGCUUCCUCUCCUGGUCUCCUUAUGCUCCAUGGCCACAUGGGGAAGGUAUUUGGUCACUGAGUUAUGAGAAAAGCAAGCUAUUGCACAAGCCUAUGCAGUCAACUUGUUAUUGUGGACGCUCCAGUCUAUGUGUGUACUGUACGUGUACAACUGUAAUGUUGUAUCGAUGUUUAUCUGUCACCCUCCGCUGUGGAAUAUAAGGAUAUGACCAUGAACAGUCCCUGUCGUAGCCCUUUUCUUCCAUUAUGUUAAGAGUAACUUUCCAUUGUGUCUUCACAGUUUAAUGUGCCUGUUUUCUGAAAAUAAUCCAUUAAAAGUGAUGUUCACUGCAGUAA